GUUAUAGGAUCGAGUAAUAUAUAAAGGGGCGGUCUCUUGGCUGACGUGGCGGAGAAGAAGACAGUGGCAGUGCUGUAAUUAUAGGAAAGUAAACACGGAUCUGUUUCUGUUUCUGUGUGUUUGCCGCUGCUCCGCAAUAAAUAUUUCGAGUACCCUCACCUUUUUAUCACUCUUCUUCCUAAAUCCUAACCCGGCUGGGCCGAAGCCAGCCAAGAGACAUUAGAGGAGGUUAAAAGAGGAGGAGAAAAGAGAGGAGAAGCGGAACAUCAUCUACAAAGGAGAGAGGGGCCUCGAAGUGCGGUGCGAGAAAGCACGGCGCCGAAGCACGAUAAAGGAGAAGCUUGACCAGAUCUCUGCGUGCGUCAAUGCUGCCGCUGCCGCUCUAGCUAGCGACUAGCUAGCGAAGACGAAAAAAAAAGAAAAAGAGGAUGGGGUGCUGCUGCAGCAAGAAGCUGAAGGCGGAGGCCUCCCGCGGCGGAGCGAAGCCGGAGGCGAGGGAUCCGCCGUCGCCGGAGGAGGAGACGGUCAAGGAGGUGCUCUCGGAAACGCCCCGCCCGCGGCCCAGACCCAGGGCGAGGCCGAGGGUCGAGGAAGAAGACGAAGCCAAGGAGGAGGGGGAGGAGGAGGAGGAGGAGGAGGAGGACGCGAAGAAGACGGAGGAGGGGAAGGAAGAAGAGAGCGAGGAGGCGGCGAGGAUAAUCGGCUACGAUGAGAGAUCGGAGGAGGCGUCGGAAGCCUACAGCGUAAGCGAGACCCUUUCCGCAUCCAUGGCGGCGGCGGCGGCGGCGGCGGCGGCGGAGAAGGUGGGGGCGGAGGAGGCGGAGGGGAGGAGGAGGAGGCAGGAGAUCUCCUCCGCCUCCCCGUCCCCGUCCCCGGCAAAGAUCGGCCGCAAGCGCUCCGUCCCCGGCGAGAUCGCGGCCAGGCGGGACCGAUCUGUCGCCGUCUCCAGCGUCGGCUGCCGCAGCGGGACGGCGGCCAGGAGGGCGGCGGCGGCGGAAGGCGCCGUCGCCAGGACGCACUGCGCUCGCGAGGCGGCGAGGAGUCGGCCGCCGAGCGGGAACGGGGGUGCGAUCCGGCGAGACCCCGGCGAGAGAUCCGGCCGUAGGUCGGUGUCGCCGGCGGCGGCCAAGCACCGCCUCGGCGGCCAAUGCAGGGCCGCAGCGGCCGCGCCUGCGCAGGCGGCGAAGGCGAACGGCCGUGUGUCGCCCCGGCGGAUCCCGCUGGCGACAGAGGAGGCCGAGGGCAGAGCAGGAGACGGAGGAGGAGGAGGAGGAGCGGGGGAGGGCAAGGAGUCGCUGGAGAACCCGCUGGUAUCCUUGGAGUGCUUCAUCUUCCUAUAGUACCGCUGAACUCCUAUCCCCCACAUGUGUCUGUGUCUCUCUUCGUCGCCAGAUUAGGGUUUUCUUUUUCUAAUUUAUUUGUCGGAAAAGAAGAGGAAAAGAAAUAGGUUCUAAUGCUAAUUAGGGUAUUAGGGGAGGGGAAAAAGAAAAAAAAGAAAAAGGAAAGAAAACAAAAUUAAGAAAAUGGUCCAUCUCUGUAGCUUCGUUUUGUUGUUUUGUUGUUUUGUUCUCCUGACCGAAAAUGGUGAUCCCGGGGAGCUGUAAUGACCGAACGGGCAGUCGUGUAAUCUGUUGGACCCUAUGAUGGGGGAUGUACUGUAACUUUUCUCUCUUGUGAUGAUAAUACAACUGUUAUAUCUUAACUCUUAA